UUAAAGGGGGUUUCGGGGGAGCGGGAGUCCGUCUCUCCGAAGCUCUCAUCUCUGCGCUCCGCGUCCGUGGCAGCAUCCACUCACUCUUUUACUACUGCCUGCGAUGUGACUCCACGCCGUUCGCUGGAAUAUCACCCUGCGUGACAAGUGACGGAUUUUACGCGCACGCCACGCCGUCCUGUUUUCCAAAAUCAAGAGGACACCGCGGCAGCAGCCAAUGCCUUUUACCAUGACUGUGGGAUUAAUAACGAUUUUGUGUGCUGUUACGGCCGUUUUCACAAUGGAAGAAACAUUAAUGGACACCCGGACUGCCACAGCAGAGCUCGGGUGGACGGCGUACCCUUCGUCAGGGUGGGAGGAAGUAAGCGGCUAUGAUGAAAACCUCAACACCAUCCGAACGUACCAGGUGUGCAACGUCUUUGAAUCCAGCCAGAACAACUGGCUGCUCACCACCUUCAUUGCACGACGUGGUGCUCAGCGCAUCUACGUGGAGAUGCGUUUCACCGUCCGAGACUGCAGCAGUAUCCCACGGGUGCCUGGAUCCUGUAAGGAGACCUUUAACCUGUACUACUACGAGACAGACUCUGUCAUCGCCACCAAGGGUACGGCGUUCUGGAUGGAGGCUCCAUAUUUGAAGGUGGACACUAUUGCGGCAGAUGAGAGCUUCUCGCAAGUGGAUUUUGGUGGUAGAUUGAUGAAAGUGAACACGGAGGUGCGGAGCUUCGGCCCGUUGUCGAAAAACGGCUUUUAUUUGGCAUUUCAGGACUAUGGCGCAUGCAUGUCUCUGCUGUCUGUCCGUGUGUUUUAUAAGAAAUGCCCGAGCGUGGUGCAGAACUUUGCGAUAUUUCCAGAGACCAUGACCGGGGCAGAGAGCACCUCACUGGUGAUUGCUCGGGGGAUGUGCAUCCCGAAUUCUGAGGAAGUGGACGUGCCGAUUAAGUUGUACUGUAAUGGCGAUGGGGACUGGAUGGUUCCAAUUGGGAGCUGCACCUGCAAGGCGGGAUUCGAGCCGGAUAAUGGGAAUGUCUGUCGAGCUUGUCCUCCAGGAACGUUCAAGUCCAGUCAAGGGACGGGUUUGUGUCUUCAGUGUCCGUCCAACAGCAGGUCCACAUCUGAAGCCGCCACUAUCUGUGUCUGCAGGAAUGGCUACUACAGAGCAGACGGAGAGCAGCCAGACAUGCCCUGCACUAAAGAAAGAAACUCCGGUUUGGAACAACAUGAGGGUGUUCCCUCUGGACCAAGAAACGUCAUCUCUAUUGUGAACGAGACCUCCGUGACUCUGGAGUGGCACUCCCCGCGUGAGACGGGCAGCCGUGAUGAUGUAGUGUACAAUAUUAUUUGUAAGAAAUGCCAGGCGGACCGUCGUUCCUGCUCCCAUUGCGAUGAUAAUGUGGAAUUUCAGCCCGAGCAGCUGGGACUGACCGAAUCCAGAGUCUUCAUCAGUAACCUGCUGGCACACACUCUCUACACCUUUGAGAUCCAGGCGGUCAACGGAGUCACCAACAAGAGCCCGUAUCCUGCCCAACACGUCUCCAUAGACAUCACAACCAACCAGGCUGCUCCGUCCAUUGUUCCCAUAAUGCAUCAGGUCAGUUCGACGAUGAAAAGCAUCACGUUGUCAUGGCCACAGCCUGAACAGCCCAAUGGAAUUAUUCUCGAUUACGAGCUACGCUACUAUGAGAAGGAGCUGUCUGAGGUGAACUCCACGCAGGUGAGGAGUCAGACGAACACGGCUCGUGUGGACGGAUUACGGCCAGGCACCAUGUACGUGAUGCAGGUUCGCGCCAGGACGGUUGCCGGUUUCGGCAAAUACAGCAGCAAAAUGUGCUUCCAAACCCUCACAGAUGACGACUAUAAAUCGGAGCUGAGGGAGCAGUUGCCACUGAUUGCGGGCUCAGCCGCGGCUGGAGUGGUCUUCAUUGUGUCUCUGGUGGCCAUAUCUAUAGUCUGUAGCAGGAAACGAGCUUACAAUAAGGAGGCUGUAUACAGUGACAAACUCCAGCACUACAGCACCGGAAGAGAGCUCACUUUGAGGCCAGAUCUGUCCAACUGCCAGACACCCAUGGGCUGCCCGACUCUGCCAGGCUCUCCGGGGAUGAAAAUCUACAUCGACCCUUUCACAUAUGAAGAUCCUAAUGAAGCCGUCAGAGAAUUCGCCAAGGAAAUAGACGUCUCCACUGUCAAGAUUGAAGAAGUUAUUGGUGCAGGUGAGUUCGGGGAGGUGUAUAAGGGUCGACUGAAACUGCCUGGAAAACGAGAGAUCUACGUUGCCAUCAAAACACUGAAGGCGGGCUAUUCUGAGAAGCAGAGGCGUGACUUUCUGUCCGAAGCAUCAAUCAUGGGGCAGUUUGACCACCCCAACAUCAUCCGCCUAGAGGGUGUGGUCACCAAGAGCCGACCGGUCAUGAUUGUCACAGAGUUCAUGGAGAACGGGGCACUCGACUCCUUCCUUAGGCAAAACGAUGGGCAGUUCACAGUGAUCCAGUUGGUGGGGAUGUUGAGGGGAAUUGCUGCAGGAAUGAAGUACCUGUCGGAGAUGAAUUACGUCCACCGAGACCUGGCUGCCCGCAACAUCCUGGUCAACAGCAACCUCGUCUGCAAGGUGUCGGACUUCGGCCUGUCCCGUUAUCUGCAGGAAGACACCUCUGACCCCACCUACACCAGCUCACUGGGUGGAAAGAUCCCUGUGAGAUGGACCUCGCCAGAAGCCAUCGCAUACAGGAAGUUCACUUCUGCUAGUGACGUCUGGAGUUACGGUAUUGUCAUGUGGGAGGUGAUGUCCUUUGGCGAGAGGCCCUACUGGGACAUGAGCAACCAAGAUGUGAUCAACGCAAUAGAGCAGGAUUACAGGCUGCCACCCCCCAUGGACUGUCCCACUGCUCUCCACCAGCUGAUGCUCGACUGCUGGCAGAAAGAUCGGAACGCUCGGCCGCGCUUCACGGAUAUCGUCAGUACGCUUGACAAACUCAUCCGCAACCCCACCAGCCUUAAAGCAGUUGCCAGUAUACCCACUAUUCCGUCCCAACCGUUGCUGGACAGGUCCAUCCCAGACUUCACCACCUUUAGUUCUGUAGAGGAUUGGCUGGCUGCUGUCAAGAUGUCUCAAUACAGAGACAACUUCCUCAGCUCUGGCUUCACAUCCCUACAACUGGUCACCCAGAUGACUUCAGAGGACCUGUUGAGGAUAGGUGUGACUCUAGCUGGCCAUCAGAAGAAAAUCCUCAACAGCAUUCAGUCCAUGCACCUGCAGAUGUCCCAGUGUCAGACGGGCACAGCGCUGGCAUGACUACAGGGAGCGCCAGGCGACGGGCUGGGCAGCUUGCGGAAGAAUUACCAGCGGGUGAGCCCAAUCCCAUCGGAGCGCGCCAGAAUAGAGACUAUCAUCCUGAUCUGAGAACGUGUUUCGGGAGAGGAACCAUUAUCCCAUAUCCAACAGACCAGAUCGGAACAGGACCGCCGAGACUUGCAGGACAUCUGUUAACCUGUCGGCUGUUUGUCUCUUUAGGCUACAUUUACAGGGAAAAACUGAAGAAGCGGACUCUUUUGUCCUCUUCUUGUCAUUAAUUCUGUUUUAGUUACCUUCGCGUUGCUUAUCAAAAAAACCACAAUGACUAAUCAGAUUCUGAGACGUCUACAACGUUUUCUACAAGGUUCUUUCAUACUUCUUUUUUUCCACUAUAAACCUUCAAUCAUCACUGCUUCCUACUUACACUACCUGUCGAUCUCGGUAUGGCUGACAUUGCCAAAGGACAUCCUGUAUGCCUGCGUCCCAUCCCUAGGCCAUACAAGCAUAAAUGAUGUAUAUCUUUAAAUAAAUACGAGUAUAUCUUCAGAGUAAACCUUCAUAUUGAAGGUGAAGUGUAACGGACCUGUAUGUAAAUACCCUCUUCUUCCGCUUGCAUUUUUGGCAAUGUUGCGCGUUGGACCAGAACCGCCAAUUCUGCAGGACAUGAACUCGCUUACGUCAGCGUGACGCCACGAGAACAAUCUGGGAUCAACUCUGACUCUGUCAAUGUUGUGUAAAUAUCAGUUAGUUGUGUAUAAACUAGCGUUAAAAAGAUAUACUUUAGGUGAAAAAAGCUACGCAUUCAGGCCACUAAACAGUGUUUAUUGUAGGUGUUUCCAUGCUGAUGAGCACUUACGUGUACAGCUUUUCUUUCUUCUACUUAUUCUAGUCGUUCUUGUUAGUUUCGUGUCAGAGUGUUUGAAUGCGUCGACUAGCGUUGGGAGGGUGCGUAGUCACCGCCUAAACUAGCUAGUACACUUAAAUGUAGUUCCACUGUUAAUAAGCUGUUCUAAUGUUGGUCUUACAGGGUCUUUAAAACCGCUAAUCCAUUUCCAAGCACGUGUUUACAUGAUAAGCAAAUGGAAAGGUCGCAGACAGGAAACGAAGAGACUUGCGAAACCGCUGCCCUUCACCUUUUUUUAUCAGGCUGAGUCACACUUUCGGCUCCAGAUGUUUCUGGAUGACAUUGCUAAAUGCGGUACAUGUUCUUUCGUGUCAUCAGCUCUCCAUUUAUUUGUGUGUGUGUCUGGAUUGAACAUCUGUGUGACCCUUUAUGAACAGAUGCCUAAUGCCACCCCAUUGAGCACAUUCUACUUAAGCAGUCAGUGAAGCACUGGGAAACACACACACACAGGCUUUUGAUGGCUUUGGGCUGUUACUUUUUGGUUGCCAUGAAGAAAUAGCAGCAGCUUACUGACGAUGAUAAUAAUAAUAAUAUAGGUAACAUUACACAGAAAGUUGUCAACAUUAGUGAAAGUGACGUGACAUACAGCCAAGUAUGGUGACCCAUACUCAGAAUUCGUGCUCUGCUUUUAACCCAUUCAAAGUCCACACUCACAGCAGUGAACACACACCCGGAGCAUUCACUCCCCCCACCUACAAUUCCUGCCGGCCUGAGACUCGAACUUGCAACCCUUGGAUUGCAAGUUCAACACGCUAACCGUUAGGCCAUGACUCCCCCAUUAGUUAAUGCAUUAUGGAUGUAUAAACUAACAUUUCACAAUACUUCUUGAAAAAUGUAUUCAUCUAGGUUAAUGUUAAUUUUUGAAAAUACAAAACAUUUAAAGAUUCCAGGUUGUAUGAAUAGAUAUGAACACUGAAUGAACAUGAGUUAACAAUAAACAAUAGUGUGUGAAUAAUCUAAUUUAAAGAAGAUGAUAUAUAUGCAUGAACAAAUGUUAAUGAAUUAAACAUUAUUGUAAAGUGUUGCAAAUAAUAUUAAUAUUGUAACUGUAUAGCAUAAAAUGUAGCUUAAAGUGCUAAAAAAAAAUCAGAAUAUUAUUUUAAUAAAAACAGUAAGAUGAAAAAAGCAACAAACUAGAAGUGAAACAAAUUAAAUCCAAUUACAUAGAGAGACCUAAAAUAUUCAAAAGCCAACUUAAAAAUAAAUAUGUUAACCAAACAAAAAAAAUUGAAUGAUUGGGAGCUUGUCUAAUCAUUGUGUGCUGCAAAUAUUGUUGGCUUUUAUGAUAAAAUUCCUCAUUUGUAAGUUUAUUUGUACAAAAGUGUCUAGUUUGAAUAAAUAUAAAUGUAAUUGGUAAAAGGUUCCAGAUUUGAGGGUCAUAAUGGGUAAAAGCAGCUCCACAGGAUCUCAUAAAGUUUAGCAUUAAAGAACCCCAAUGCAAGAUUUGAAACAUUAGCAAUUGUACCAUUCAUUUGCCUGUUGUGAAUCGUGUAUGUGUGUAAUGAAUAAGCUGCUACAUUGCCUGUAAGUUAAUGAGACUCAUGGUUUAUGGUUAUUCGCUACAAGCAACACACACACACAGAUAUACCCAAGGUGUAUCACCUAAUUGGCUACAAUGAAUUUCACCAUGGCAACCAAAGAGUGUAUUGGCUCUUUGUUAAGGAAGACACUUUUACAGCUUCUGCCAAGAGGCUUAUUCUUUUGCAUGCGCACACACACUCCUCGGCUGUAUUCCAUUGAAGAAAGUGAAUCUGUUCCUUCAUACAACGGUGGUAGCGAUAAUGUCUGGCUCUUACACAAGCGUUAGCACUAGAUAAGGAUGUCUUCCCCUGCGCAAAGGACCAGAGGCAGCUCAAUUAAUGAUCACAAAGUAUCCUCACCGUGGCCUGCAUCCAGCUCGUUCGCAGUGGGGCGUAACCAAGCUGUCCAGCGUCCUGCCGCAUGGCCCAGCUGAAAAAUGGCUGACUUGCUCUCAUCGCUGUGGACACUCUGGGGAGGGUGGAGCCUGCUGGGAUACCUGCGGGUGCAGCACACAGACUGAGGAGAGUGAUGAAUGAGUGGGAGCAAGACAGAGAAUGAAAGAGAAAGCGUGAGCGAGAGACAGUAGAGAGUGCAGGAUAGGGAAAGAAAUUAGAAGAAAUGGGGAAUAAAGAAAGAAGAAAGUGACAGACAUUAGAGAUUAUAGUAUUAAGUCAGCAUGAAAUUAAAAUUUGACCCCAUUUUCUUUCUAACUGUUUCUUUCAACUUCUCCCCUCCAAGAAUAGAGUUUUUCUCUAUUCUUUUCACAGUCUAAUCAUGGUGGUUAAAAUUAAGUCGCAUCAUCAUAUCCUGUUUCAUUUAUAAUUACUGCAUAUUGAAGUGCAGUAGGUUGCAAAUGGCAUUUCAUGUUGACUGUAAGAGAGAGGGCUUAAAGUACAACAGUGGUUGACCAAUAUGGUUUUUUAAAAAUGCAAAAUGCCAAUAUCUAGAACAGGAUAGGGUUUUUUUUUUUUUUUUUUUGAUAAUAUAUAUUAUCCUUCAUAACUUAUGGGCUUAUUAAUAUAAUAUAAUUAUCCUAGAUAUUGGCGUCUCCCUAAUAUACAGCAGUUCAACAAUUUGGGGUCACUAAUAUAUAGAUAUUUUUAAGGAAUUAAUACUGUUAUUUAGCAAGGUUGCAUUUAAAUGAUCAAAAGUGACAGUAAAGACUAGUUACAUAUAUAUAUAUAUAUAUAUAUAUAUAUAUAUAUAUAUAUAUAUAUAUAUAUAUAUAUAUAUAUAUAUAUAUAUAUAUAUAUAUAUAUGUAUGUAUGUUGCAGACCCCACCCUGAAAGUCAUAUAUAGAACAUAACAUUCGUCAAAGAAUCUUGGGAUUUUUUUUUUUUUAGCAUUGAUCAGAGCAGCAAAGCAGCAUAUUAAGCUCCCAAGGAUAUUCAUUUCUAAAGGAUCCCUAGACACUCAAGACUGGCAUAAUGGCUGCUGAAAAUUAUAUUUUAAAAUGUUAAAUAGAAAAUUAUUUUUAAUUAUAAUAUUAUUCACAAUAUAAUGUUAUUUUACUGUAUUUUUGAUCAAAUAAAUGCAGCUUUGUAUACAGACCUUACACUUGUCCAGUUAAAAACUUUUUGUAAAAAGUUUUGUAAUUGAUGCAAAGAGGAUCUGUUAUUUCUGUUAAUCAGUCAUGUGUACACGCUAAAUGGUCAAAUAAUCAGUCUGGUCAAUAUAUCCAUUCAUCUAUCACUAUAUUGGCCUAAUAAUGGCAGCACUUCACCAUCUGCACAGACAGACUGAAGCUUAAUCAUAACCUAACGCACACGUACAACCAUUAAAGAUGUAUGAUUUAUAUUUGAAUAUGUACAUGAACGCAAUUGUUUCUAAUGCGAAUGUGUCUCUUUUAAACUCUCAUUUUGCACAUGUCCAACAAUUCAAUCGAGGAUAAUCUUCAUCUCUUACAAGGGUAUCCUCCUCUCGGAGGGUUAAGUGAACAGGCAGGGAGUGAGAGGAUGAACGGAAAUGAUUUGAGGCUAAUUUUAUCGCUCUUUGCCUGGAGUGUCGACACAUUGUAGAGUCUGGUGCGCGUUUGGCAGCGGAUCAGCGGCGAUGCUGUUACCGUGCCAACUGAAGUCUGAGCGGUGCAUGUAUUCACUAGCACGGCUCAGACUUCAUGGGCGCAAUCAAAUAGCAAGUUUGGAAUAAACAAAGACGUCGUCUAACAUCGCCUGUAGGAACAAGCUUGUGUUUUGUAUUGUUCUUUUUGCUUUCGCACUUAAAACGGCACAUUCAUGUCAAAAUGAUGGAGAAUUACUAUUGGCAAGCGAGAUUAAAAGCCAGAGAGUCAAAGGGUUCGAGAGACUGUUGAUAUUACUAGCAUGGCAUGGAUACUAGCUCCCACUUGUUUUGUAGAUACCGAACGAAGGAAAGCCCCCCUCACCUCACCGAGGCUGUAUAGUUAACUCUCGUUUCUUGUGAUGAGUAUGUCAGAAUUUGAAACUGUAACUUUCUGAGAACUAUUGUACUGAAAUGCACUCAAUAAAGACCUUGGAAAAGCUGAA